AUGGCGGAUAGUUCUCAAAAGAUGAGCUAUCAUGUUGGAGAAGCCAAAGGCCAAGCUGAAGAAAAGGCGACCAAUUUAAUGGAGAAGGCAAGCAAUGCAGCUCAAUCGACAAAAGAAACAAUACAAGAGGCAGGUCAACAGAUGAUGGCAAAGGCUCAAGGAGCAGCGGAGGCUAUCAAAGAUGCUACUGGCUUGAACAAGUGA